AGAUACAUGAGCCUUUGAUAAAUGAGUUUCUGAAGCUAGGGGGAUCUAGAUGUGCGAGCCCUCAGGAGGCAGGGAAAGAUGUAGCAGCUUUGGUUGUGCUAAUAUCUCAUGCUGAUCAAAUUGAUGAUGUAAUCUUUGGUCACGAUGGUGCAUUAAAAGGUAUAUAGAUAGAGUUAUAUUAACUUGGUAAUAUAAACUUUGGUGACUUUUCUGAUCUACAGACGGUGGACUUUUAUGUGUUUGUAGGGUUGAACAAAGGCUCAGUCUUAAUUCUUCGUUCAACCAUACUGCCAUCACAUUUCCAGAAAUUGGAGAAGAAUCUUUCAGAGAAUGGUGAGACAGCUUAUCUGGUUGAUGCCUAUGUCUCUCGGGGAAUGUCUGAGGUUUUGAAAGGGAAAGUCAUGAUAACAUCUUCAGGAAGGUCAAAUGCCAUUGCAAGGGCGCGGCCAUUUCUCUCUGCUAUGUGUGAAAAGCUUUAUGUCUUUGAGGGUGAAGUUGGUGCCGGAAGCAAAUCCAAAAUGGUUAAUGAACUACUUGAGGGCAUUCACCUUAUUGCUUCUGUAGAGGCUAUUUCUCUUGGUGCUAAAGUCGGGAUUCAUCCAUUAAUUCUCUAUAAUAUCAUUUCCAAUGCUGCUGGAAAUUCAUGGAUUUUCAAGAAUCACAUUCCCCAACUAUACUCUCUAAAAUUACCUAAUUCACCAAUUUCAUUUAUUAUCACCACAAUACAUUUAAUCUGA